CCCGACAGGCUGUGGGGGGAGCUUGGCAGGAGUGGGGGGAGCGGAGACACUCCCCUGACAAGCUGUGGGGGGAGCUUGGCAGGAGAGGGGGGAAUUGAGACACUCCCCUGACUGGCUGUGGAGAAACAGAGUCACCCCCCUCAUAGGCAGCAGGGCUGGAGAGGGGUGAGCCCAGGACCUGAGUGCAAUUGCCCCUGCGCUGGGAGAAGUCCUAGCCUCUCUCAGCCUGGGCUUCACUAUGGGUCUGGAUGAGACCUGGAUCUCGCUUCUGCUGAUGGUUGGCACCAUGAUGUUGGUAGGAGGGUGCCGGAAGCUAACCCGACGCCAAGUGCACUCCCGACGCCUUCACCCUCGCACGUUUCUCCUGGAGCUGUUUGCCACUUUCCAAAUCUGUGCCUGCACCAAUGAGCUCCGGCUGCUGGCCAAUGUGCAGCCCAAGCCACACGUUGCCCUCACCCUCACCUAUGUUUUUACUGUCCUGCAUGGAUUGACUCUGACUGGCAGCACAUGCAACCCCUGUGGCACCCUGCAACAAAUCUUGGAUGGUGGGAUCUCAGUCAAACAGGGCGGGCUGAAGAUUGGAGCCCAGUUUGCUGGUGCAGUGCUGGCCAGAAUUUACAUGCACCGUAUCUGGUCCAUGGGGAUCAUCAAGGUGCACUCUGAGGCACUGGCCGAGGGCUGCUGUAAUCCUAUCCAAACCACCGAGACCCAGGCUUUUUGCAUAGAGCUGCUCUUCUCCACUGUGUUCCAGCUGACCAUACUUCAAUUUGAGGCAGUUAAACCCAGGCUCAGAGUCCACCUAAUUGCUCUUCUCAUUACUAUGCUGGUGUAUGGAGGAGGAAACCUCACUGGAGCAAUAUUUAACCCAGCAUUGGCCUUUUCAUUACAUGCAAGUUGUUUCCAUGACAAAUUCUGGGAUUAUUCACUAGUGUAUUGGAUGGCACCUUCCUUAGGUUCAGUACUUGUGGCCAUUGUGUGGGGUGAAAUCCUUCCUCUGAUAUUCUGAGAUAUUUUAAAAUGGUGAACUCUAGAACUACAUGUGUUAAAAAGAGACUCUUAAAAACUGAACUGAAUUGCAGCAACACAGUACAUAGAGGGAAGACACCUGGAUACACUGAUUUCCUUACAGGCUUUCCAGAUGAUUUUGUUUUGAAAUACAGUCAGAACUUUACAGUAGAACUUAAUUACAGUAACAAAUUGGUAUGGUGAGAACAAGAUUGGAAGUGUUUAUCACAUAUUUCUCAGUUAAGCCAUGUAUAUGAGGAAAAACACUAUUGCAAAAUUAACUUGCCCCUUUAAAUUUAAUCCAAAAUGCCAUUCAUUGACCUUUCUUUCAAACCUAUAUACAAUGUCAAUUGUAGAGAGAGAGACAAAAGUUACCUAACCUCUUCAGAUAUCUGCCACUACUGGUGGGGCAUGUGGCCCCAAAGGAUGCUACUCGCUAGAAAAAUUCCAAAGCUCAACACGAGAGGCACCAUUUCCCACAAGUGUGAACAUGCAGAGGUGACACUCUCAAAAAAGACGAGUUACUGAUAAGUACUAACCCACCUUUUCCUCUUGUGAGGAAUCUGCCUCCUGCCACCUUGCUAUCGUUUAUUGGCUCAUUAGGGCCCAAUCCUACAUGAUAGUAAAAGUUGCAGAAUCAGGCCCAUACUUCAAUUAUUUUUGUCCACUCUUUUUCUGAGUACUAAGUAAUUAAUUCUUGGUCCUGAUUGACAGCAGCUCAUUUUCUAUUGUUAACUUUGCCUAAGACUACUCAGUAUUACGAGCACAAGGAGUCUGAUAGGAGAGUUAAUCAAUACAAUCAGACAACAUACUCUGAAUACUAUUCAGAGAGCUUGAAUCAUUUGUGACUCCACUAUGUCUCUUUAAGGGCUCUCAAUGGGCAUGUUUAGGCUUUAGUACUUUUCUUUGACAUGGAGCAGUACUCUGCCAUACAAAAAAUACCAGCAGAGCAGAAAACUUACUCCUGCUGUCCACCAGGCCAAACUGGUCCGAGUACACCUUUGCUUGUGGUGACGACCACUCACAGGUUGUGAGCAUUCCACGGUACUGUUUGCAUUGUCAUAUGACAUUUUUCUCUGUUUUUAUAAUAUAAUUAACAUAGAAAAUGCUUUGCCCCCUCUCAUCUGGGCAAAAACAUAAUUUUGUUUAAAAUUUUAUGUAGAGGGGCUGGUUGUAUUUUUCCAUUUAUGUUUAGCAGGUUUGAAAGGGGAUAAAGUUAACAAGUUUUAUACAUAACAGAUACUGAAGCACAGGACUCUCACAAAGCAGUCAGGAGAUUUUGCACAAUUAGAUUCUGGUAUAAAACAGUAACCUCACCCAGACUUUAAAAAGCCAUAAGGUGAAUAUUUUAUGGAUACCACUAGGUAUUUUGCCUAGGGCCAGUCUGGUUAAUUUUCAGAGCAAGUAGUACUGCCACAGAUAAGCACAUUUUGCCUUUUUUGUUUUAAAUAGCUGUGCAUAUGUAAGAUGUUACAAAUGGCCUUCUAGUCUCUUGGCUGUUAGCCUCAUCUCAGCUAAAUUUCCUCUCAAUUUAAGAUGAGGAGUGGGCUUACUUCAGAGCCAAUCCAAGUAUUGCUGUGUUAGUAAGAUAUAAAACUGAAAAACAAAUGUCACCUCUUCAACAUACUUAGUCUGCCAUAGUCCAGAUCUGCAAAUGUUGCAAAUCCCUGCUCUUUCUCCCAGCACACAAUAGAAUGCAUUUAGGAACAGCCAGAGAGACACUUGAAAUUAUUUUGAUUUGACACGUUGCUGUUAGGGAUUUCCAGACUCUUUAAGAUGACUGACAAAAAGAGAUGACUCACCACUAAUUCAUUUAAAAUCUUAAACAAAAAAAUAGUGAGACCUGCAAAACUGAACUCUGAGCUGUAACCUAGACUCAAGAUUAGAGUUUAGCAAAUUAUCAGUGUUGACCUAAUAAUAUUGGUCUGUUUACAGAUUUGAUGCUGCCCAGUUAUUUUUCUUGUAAGCUUUUAAAUCUGUCCUUUGGUAAAGUGAAAUUGCUACUCAGUACAGUCUUAUAUAAACAAAAUCUGUUAACACCAAGAUUACUUAAGGGAUGAUGCGUCAAAUUGCCCACAAAGCAAAAAAAAAAAUUCAUCAAUAUUUCAGAAAUAUAAAGCUAUGGAUGAAUCAAAUCUGCCUUUUAAACAUUGAAAUAUAAAUUCCUGGCCUUGAUUACGCUGCAGCCCUCCUUUUGCUGUAGGAACAGAUCAGACUGUUUUUGCACUAUAAAAAUACUUGGUAUUGAAUGAAUUAAGCCUUACUGAACAGAUAUUUUUCUUACUCUUAUUUUUACAAGUGUUCUGGAGGUAAAUUAUAUAUUGUUAAUGCUUCAGAUAAUGUGUUUUAAAUCUAGUGUUUUGUUCUCAAUAAAAUCUUUGCUUGUA